AUGCCGGAGAAGCGCAAGCACGAGAACGUUGUGACCUUGGAUCUCGUCAUCGCCACGCGCGAGAACACCCAGAAGCUCGGCUACUUUGUCGACGACACCGUCGUGAACCCUGGCUUGGGAAUCCCAUUCUACAAGACGGUGCUUGAGGGUGCAAACUACGAGCACGCUGACUGGAAGGACCAGGCAUGCGUCCGUACCUCGCAGAUCCAUUGGCGAGAGGAUCACAGCGUAUCCUGGUUGGAACGACACAUGGAAAUGACUCAGGGCUUCAUUCUCCUUGGCAAGAAUCCGGGCCUCUUCGUGUUGGGUGAGCCGACGCAUGACCGCGAGGAUUUGAACGAGAAGGACAGAGCCAAGCCCGAUCCCGACCGCGUCAAGGCCUACAUUAUCCCGGCUGGGAUGGGCUUGAUCCUGAAGAAGGGGACCUGGCACGACUUCCCCGUCUCCUGUGGCCCACCUGUGAGUGCCUUCAUCAUGAACACCGAAGAAGUGGUGGAAGCCCUUGCGUCGAUGGCAAAGCCAGCACCCAUGAACCAUGGCGAUUGCUUCAAGCUUCGCAUGGCCGAGCAGUUUGACUUCACCCUCAAGUUCCCUGAUCCCCGCCCCUUCGUUCAGCGACAUGGGCUGGUGCCUAGCCCAGUGGCCAUGCCUCUGAUGGGCUCUGAAGGCUAUGGCACUGACAUGACGCGGCAUGAGGUGAAGCCUGGCUGGGCCGGAGGCAAGAAGGUCUUCGUGGUUCCGGUGGUGAACGUGGAGGUUUUCGUCCCUGGUAGUGGGGGCCCCUCCAUCCAGCCCCACUUGCAAUCGAUCCCCGAGGUUGCCAACAGAGGCUGGCGGGAUUACGGCAACCGCCGUGGCUUGCAGAGGCUUUCCGCCAUGUUCAAGGGCUUGGCGAUACCGGCAACGGCCGUUAUCAACAGCGAGGCAGCCAAGUUGGAGCAUGUGGCCAAGGCCUUGAAGGAGUCGAACUGGGAGCUCGGCGCCCAUGGUCUGAAUAAUUCUUCCGGUGCUGCCAAGCUGAGCCGAAGCGAGGAGGAGGCAUACUUCAAGCAGACCCUGGACGAUCUUCAAGAAAGCCUGGGCGCCAGGCCAAAGACCUGGCUGACUCCGGGCUUCUCUGUCACGGAGCGCACCCCUGAAAUUGCGGUGCAGUCCGGAAUCGAAGCUUUCCUGGACUUCGUGGACGACGACGUGCCGUACUACCUCUCACAUGAGAGUGGCAAGCGCACUCUGUGCUUGCCCUAUUGCAUGGAGACCAACGACUUCUCCUGCGUUUUGACCAAGCACUUUGAUGGUCGCCAGUAUGCCCAAGCAAUUGAGGACCACGUCCGCCAACUGGCCAAAGAAGAUGGCGAGAAGGUUGUGUGCCUGGGCAUGCACACAUUUGUGGCGGGCACUCCUGCGAGAGUGACUGCGCUCACGGAAGCACUUGGACGCCUUCAGCAAGUGCCAGGCGUUUGCUUCGCCACAGCCGCCCAGGUCUGCGAAGCCAUUCAGAAGAACGCUUGA